AUGAGCAUCCCCGUUCUCACCACACCGCCCGCUACGCGGACAAAUUAUAUCAUCGACCAGCUCGAGGGUGAGCGGGUCUCAAUUCCUGGUAGCAAAGGCACGUUCCGCAUCCUAGCCUCAUCCAAACAGACAAAUGGCAGAAUAGCAGUCUUCCAGAGCGGUGCAGUGCUCUCUGAUGCGCCUGGUUUCCAUUGGCAUGAUGAGGCUCACGAUGUAUUCUAUGUGAUGAAGGGAUACUUGAAACUCUGGAACGGGGACAAGUGCCGAAUCAUGGGACCAGGUGACUUCGCUUACGUACCUCCCAAAGUCAUCCACAACCCAGAAUUAUUAGGACCCCAUACUGAGACUCUAGGCCUUAUUGCUCCCGGUGACUGGAUCGACUUCUUCAGAUAUGUGGGCGAGUCUUAUAAGGGCAUCAUCUUACCUGAAUUUGACGAGCGUGACCUCCGCACCAUACUGAUUCCCAAGGUUAUAGCCGCUAAAGAUCAAUUCGACGUGAAAUUUGUUCCAGACUAUAAACCACCGGAGCUAGGCGAGUGGUUAGACUCUGAGAACAAGCUGCCAGGGCCGUUGGAACCGUACUUCCUCCACGCCAACACGGGUCCGAGAUGGUUGCUGGGUGGGGUGAUAUCACGGCCGUUUAUUAAUGCAUCCCAGUGUAGCGGGAAAUUUGCUAUUUCAAGUAUCGAGGGAUCAAGCACAUUCAACGAGCCCUCGCCUCUGAGUCGGUGGCUGACCUUUCCGACUGUCGAUCACUGUUUUGUGGUCACCGAAGGAUUAUUGAAGGUGAAAGUGAAGGGGCAGGGUGCAUGGGACGUUCUGCACGAGGGCCAGACACUUGUAAUUGCUGCCGGCCAGGCUUUCACAGUGGCUUUUGGAAGUCGGUAUGUACGAGCAAUCUCGUUCACCAACGGGCAGGGUAUCGAGGAGCUCAUUCAAACUGCCGGCGAGACAUUUUCCGGAUUUGUCCUGCCGGAGAAGCCUGCGUCGUGGGGGGAGGCUCGUUUUCAGGAGGCUGCUGGCAAGCUUGGCCUGCAGGUGGGCGACCGAGUUUCUGAGGUGAAUUAA